UAUUUAACAAGCAAAAGGUACGUAGUCAAUCACGCCGGUAAUGAUAGUACCUAAGAGGGAGAUGCGGUUUCGACGAGUGGCAUCCUCGUUAUCAUAUCUGCGGGGAGGGAAGGCGGAGCGGCGCAGGCCCCGCCCGGCCGACACGCCCGCGCGCCGCGCUCACAGCGCCCGACCAUGCCGCGACCGUCGCGCGAAUCCUAUGGAGAACACAAACCACCUUACUCCUACAUCUCUUUAACCGCUAUGGCCAUUUGGAGCUCCCCGGAACGGAUGCUGCCGCUCUCGGAAAUCUACCGAUUCAUCACCGACCGCUUUCCGUACUACCGGAGCAACACGCAGCGUUGGCAGAAUUCACUGCGGCACAAUCUGUCCUUUAACGACUGCUUCGUGAAGGUGCCGCGCCGCCCGGACCGUCCUGGCAAGGGUGCCUACUGGACGCUGCAUCCGCAGGCCUUCGACAUGUUCGAAAACGGCUCACUGCUGAGAAGACGCAAGCGGUUCAAGCUACAGCAGGAAGAAAAUUCAUCCUCAGAGUUGACGAAGCUGUUUAAUUUGAAUAAUAUGCUACUCUCUCGUGUACCACCACUGUCAGCUGUUGAAACACGAUCGGUACCUGAGCUGAAUCUCACAAUUCCGAAAAUAAAACCAAACACGUCCUUCAUGAUAGACAGUUUGUUAAAAAGUGAUGUGGAAAAACCUUGUGCACUGGGUUCUUAUGAUGACCCUAACAAAGUGAGUGUUAGCGAGGGUCCGGUGACCAUGCUGGGAUACAGGUCAGAGGUACUGGCGUGGUGUGCGGCGAUGUGGCCACAGCAUCUGCCUCUGUUGUUCCCACCAGUACAGUUCACAUUACCUUUUGGGAAUAGCUUCAGUGAUGCAUAUUUUCACUCGCCGUUUCGACCACGGUAGGACUGUUCGAUGUAGUUACUUAGGAUGAAAUCAUUCAGCCAAAAUCAUGAUUAACUUUUGGAUGAUUUUGCCAGUUUGCACCCAGAAAUGGUUUAAAUUAAGAAAACUUUAUCGAGUUGUUUGUACUUAAGUGAAUAUAAUAUUGUUAUACAUACCUACCUACCUACCCAGGUAAUUUUUGUUUUGCUCAUAUAAUUUAAUUUUAUCAAAUAUACUAAUAUAUAUCCUUCGCAAUUUAUAAUUAGCUACACUAUUGAUUGUUAAAGCAAGAUAUAUUAUAUACAAUUGUCAUGAUUCAUUUUGUUUAAUAAAAAUCGACUGUUUGAUAUACCUACACAGAAAGCUUUCAUAACACCUGUUGCCAUAAUUAUGUAUAGGCUAAACUAUACCUAAAAUUAAACUAUUUCCCUUGCAUUGUAGGCUCAGAUGGAGUACUUAUUGCUAAUUUUGAUUAACUAAGCCGUUUUUGAGUUAGGUAUUGCAAAAAGUCUUCUCUUCUUAGUAAAAGGAGUACAAAUAGCUGCGAUGGGACUCCCUUAUGCUUGUAAUGUGCAUGAUACUUACAAACAGCUUCCGUUUAGCCUAUUGUGACAGAAUGGUAACUAAGGAACCCUACACUGAGCAUGGCCCGACAUGCUCUUAGCCGAUUUUUUACAUCUAUGAUAAGUACCUUCUACUUAAAGUACCUAUACCUAUUCUAUCUUUCUCUGUAGCGAUAUCUGUAAUAAAUAUUCCCAAUUUUUAAGUAGUAGGUACCUAUUAAGAUAACUAAUAAGUAAAGUAUGUAUUAGGUACUCUACCUACAUGUGAGAACUAUAUAAAUAAGUUACUUAGCAGCAAUUUGCUUUUGUCUAAUUUGCAUAAAGCUAUUCUCCUCCCCAAGCAACUCCGCUGUUCACACCGACCGGCAGGUGAUAUCUUUCAACGCGCUAUAAACAACAUAUUUUAUGGGUUUUUGCGUAGCGCAUGAUUUUAAACAGUAAAAAUGUAAUAUGUGAUAAAUCGCCUUUCUCUAGUUUAAGCUUAAAGAAAGGAGGGUACAAAUGUAAUCGGUCGAAUCAGGCCCCGUGACGGGCGGGUGUAGGGUACUUGUCAUUUUUUGUUAUUUAUGUGCAACGGCUUUGUUGGGGCUGUUUUGGUAAUUAAUAUAGAGAAAUGGUUAAAUUGAGUGCCGUUUACCCGCGGGCGGGGCGCAGCUCGCGAGCGAACACCUUUCGGGGUUGUCGGGUAUUAACUUUGGUGUCACCAAUUACACACUAUUUUAAGGAUGCAUGGGGGUUAGGCUGAUGUAGCAGCGAUAAAUCUAAAUGAGUUUUGAUAUAUUAAUGGGUGGUAGAACAACAAUUUGAUUAAAUUUAUGUAUGUUGCGCUUCUAAUCGAAUUUAAACGAAGCAUGGAACAAAGUGUUUUUCUAUCUUUUUUCUCUUGCCAAAAGCUUUGGUAACGUAGAUUUAGCGUCCUUUGAUAAAAGACAAUUAAAAAAAGGAGAUGCAGACGUUGACCGAGAUGCGCGUUUAUUUACCAAGCUAAAGAAAAAGUCAACAUUGCGCGCAACGCGUCAAAACAUCGGCAGGGAGAAGAACGGCGAUAACUCCACUGACAAGAGCCAGGCUCUUAAAAUUAUGUUAAUGAUAAAGGAAAGUGCCAUAAAGAUUUGCUAUUUAGCUUUUAUUGAAGUACGAAAAUAUUUAUUGCUCAUGCGAUUUUAUACACAGCAAAAAGCAUAUGUUAAGGGAAAGUGAUAAAAUAAAAUACAAGUAUGUUAUAAAUAUACCUCUUUUACUUUUAAUUUAUACGUUGUUUCAUAAACUUUGCAAAUAGCUAUAAAAAUAAUAUAAAAACUUAAACAAUUUCUUGUAUUAAAACCACUAAAAUCAAAAAAGUAUAUAUUAUCCUUUUUGCCCGCAGGGGUCGGGCAAACAGAUAUGCCACUAGGGCAAAAAGGAUAACUUAAAAAUAAUACAGUCAGUCUUGGCAUUCGUCACAAAAGUAACAACUACACCUGCAUAUUUUCAUUUGCCCAAUUUUGGCAUUCGAGACGCUUCCUAAUUUUAAAUGUCAAUGCAAGGUAUAAUAACUGGUAUCCCAAACAUUUUUGCAGCAGAAUUUAUAGACUUUCCUUCUUCUUUUACUAGUUAUAACGCCCGCUUUAACGAUUUUUCUGACCAUGAUGCCGUCUCACUCUUUCUUUUGUAAUAGAAAACCAUCGGAAAAAACAUCUAUAAUAAUAAAGGUGUAAUAAUUAUCCGUCUUGCCCAUAUUCGUUUUGCCCAUAAUAUCAAUAUUUGAUCGGUGAAAAAAAUUCAAAUGUUAUUUGUGGGUUAUGAAAAAAACUCCUAUCACAAAUUAUACUUAAAUAAAUAUUCUAUUGUACAAAUAAAAUUAUAGUUAUACACUUCAUACAUAGUAAAAAAGUUGACGUACAAACCUUUGCGAAAAUCGUAACGAAACAGCACAAAUUCUUUUUUUUUCUCUUCACAAGAAACUAGUGUUUACAUUGUUUUGGUCAAACGGUCAUUGCGUAGUCAAAUGCCGAAUCAUGGCGGCGAGUGUCAAAGCGCUAUCUAUUACCAAUAUUUAGAAAAAUCGAUUAUUCUUCUUACCCACAUUUUGCGUAUUGCCCGGGCUUUCCCUAGGAGAAAUUGAUCACUCUCAAUAUCAGACUUUGCUAAAUGUCUGUAUAUACUUAAUCCUUAAACCCAUAUUUUUUACUCUCAAUAUCAGACUUUGCUAACAAAAGCGCCGUAUUUAUUGUAUUGCGGGAGGUCUGUUCCAGAUUACCCGGGCAAUCAACUUUAAAAUAUCCCUAUGCACAGUAUAUACCUUUCAAUCUGACUGGUAGCGAGGUGUCUGUAGACUCGUCUUAGUACGAAAUAGUUACCUUGAGUUGAGAAGGAUAGAAAGCAUCCACAUAAGCUUUUACUGUAACCGAUGGCAGGAUGCAACCCCAGCUGCUAGCUGCUUAUUACUGACUACAAUGUUUACAAUAUCACAGACAAGUAAGUAAUUGAAACUGUCAAUCGUUGCGGUAUAUGGCACCACGUUGAGCAACGUCACUAGUUUUAGUACUUUCAGUUAUGAACUAGAAUCAGUGACUUCGCUUAGUAGUUACACGAGUGCAAAAAAUUCGCUCGAUAGAAAACUCAAUCGAAAAUACCACAAAUUAGCCUAGGCAUAUCUCACGUUAAUGUUGGCGUAUAGCCCAUUUAUUCUUAUCACUGUAUCGUCGUCUAUAUGAGCAAGUUAAACAUAUAGAUUUAGGUAAGUAAGUAAAUCUCCUAACAAAAAUACGUAGCUGUUGUUCGUUUAUGUGAACUAGUAUUGAAGCACUAGCAGUCCUUAUAAUAAUUACAUGUCCUUGACCAUCAUCAUACUCGGGCUUGUAGAGGCUCAUGUUAGCGCACAAUGGGCACUUAGGCUCCCGGAGACCUAUAACAAAUAUUAGACGACCACUUGUAAUGACAUGAGCCUGCUUUGGGGUACUAUAUUUAGCCUGGUAAUAGCGGCCUCCUAGGCUAUUUUAGUCGGUAAUGAACCUAAUCGAACUAGUCAUAUUUUUGUGUGUUUAUCACGAAUAUUUGUACCUGAGGUAUGGAUGUUAUAGUACAAAUACCCAUAGUACACGCUUUGCUUAGUUUGCCCCUAGGUCAAUCUGCGUAUAAGAGAAGAGUAGGUAUGAAAAACCGACCAACAGACAGGCAGACAGACGGACAAGCGGGACUAUAGUUUAUUUGGUCGUUUUUGUCAUAUUUUCACAUAUACAUUUUGUAUCGUAUCCAAAUAAAUCCACAUUUGAAUGGAAUAUAGAGAUAAAAGAUUCAUAUUUUAAUUUCUGACGCGUUGUGUUGGUUUUGUAGAUUAGUAUCUAAUAAUUACACUAAAACAGCUAAUGUUUACUUGUUUACACUUGUGUAUUUUAUUCCAAAGAAAUAUUACUAGAAAUUUGGCACACCCAUAAACGAGCGAUAUAAACGUGUUAUGUUACAUCUUCAACGCUUCCUCAAACCAUUCGCAGAUAGUUAACACAUACAAAUCGAAGAGUAGCUAAGCAUCAAUCAAAUUAAGCUGUUGUAAUAUGCUUAUUUCAAAUAGAGGCUUCGUUUUUCGCGUUUAUUCAUACAAAUAGUUGCAGCCAUUUAAUUUGAUUCCGUUAAGAAUUUUUAUUUUAUUUGAAGUAAUAAUUCAAUCAAUAUGACUGCGAAUAUCGCGGAAGCAAUUAAGGCGAUGUCUGACUAACCAGUUAGUUGAGUGGUUUAGCGUUGGAGCGCCUGUGGUUGGAUGGACUGGCCAAUUAAGUACGACGAGCUAACCUUAUGUCGCGAUUGUCGCGAGUCAUGAGUGCUACGCCGUAGGCCUCGUAGAGCUUACGUAAAUAAUUUAUCAGGGGUUGCUUUAGUUCUUCAAAAAACAGUUAAUUAUUUAUUUGUCACUUGUCCACUUAGUAGUCUAAAUAAGAUGAUUAUCAAUAUAUUUAUAAUAGGUGAAUACUAAAAUUUAUAUUACUACCCAAGAACUAAUAUUCGUGGUAAAAACAAAAAUAAUGGCCUUUGUGGAUUUAGAACCCACAGUGCCUCCCAGUUGUGUUGGCUGGGCCACUAUCACCGACUAGACUAAAAAAACUUUUGAAAUAAAAUGAAGCUAAUGACGAUUCUACCGAACUGUGAAAUUUUAAAAUAUUGGAAGAAAUCAUGUCUAACGGGAAAAAGGCAAAAAAGUAGUAUUUUUAAUUGUUUGAAAAACCUUAGUAAUAAACCCCGUAUUAGCCUCACGAUAAAGUUCAUUCAUUCUGUAUGUGCGGCGCGCUUCAUAAAAAAAUUAAUAAUAUUAGAGCAGUAGGAAGCCUGUAUCAGACUUACUUCACACGCUAUCAACAGAACAAAAUAAAACACACCUGGACAAUCGUAAGUUAAUAUUUAAUUCAAUUUAUUCCCACCAAAUUGAAUUUGGUCUACUCGUCUUCACAAUAGCUUAGCCUACAUUAACAAUGAAGGAAAUACCGAUGUCCGGUAGCCGGCCACACAGCGCGCGGCCGGUCACGUCUCCAAUGAGAUCGGUGCCGCGAUGACACCCUUGAAAUGUUUUUAAUGGCGUGAUUCAUAGAGCAAAUUAAACAUUUGACUUGCCGUGAAUGCGACGCUGAGUGGAUCCGUCACGCACGGACAGUGCAGCGCGGUAGGUACAGAUAAGCGCAACCCUCUAACGUCAGCAUUCAGUAGGUUGU